AUGGACGGCAUCGCAACUAAUUUUGCCCUUCCUCUCCAAGGCAAGCUAGCAAUAGUGACGGGAUCAUCACGUGGAAUUGGUGCCGGUAUCGCAUGGGAGCUUGCCCGCCGUGGUGCAAAUGUGUAUAUCACCUAUGUCUCAGACAACAGUGAAUCUGCUGUUAACGAGCUAGGGGCGAAGAUUAGCCGACUCCCCCAUAAACCAAUCACAUGGACCUGCCAGGUCGAUCUAUCAACAACUUCAGGAGCACAGAAGGCCAUUUCGCACCUUAAGACUUGCGUUGGCAGCAAUGAACUUCAAAUCCAUAUUUUAGUGAAUAGUGCUGGUAUCGAGACGGUGGGCGAUAUACAGAGCUUAACGAUUGAAGAUUACGAUAAGGUGUUUAACCUUAACGUACGUGGUCUCAUGCUUAUGACGCAGGCUGUGGUUCCUUAUCUAGCACCCAAGGGCCGAAUUAUCAACUUGAGCUCCGUGGGAGCACGCUUUGGCUUCAAGAAUAUUAGCCUUUAUAGCGCUUCCAAGGCCGCUGUCGAAGGUUUUACGCGCACCUGGGCCAGCGAGUUAGGCGGAGAUGGCACGACCGUCAACGCUGUGGCGCCAGGACCUGUGCCUAGCGAUAUGCUGGAUAAGAUUCCGAAGGAAAUUAUCGAUAUGCAGAAGGCGACGACGCCUAUUGAGCAGCGACUCGGCACAACGGAGGAGAUUGCGAGCAUUGUUGGGUGGUUGGCAGGCCCUGAUGCCUCAUGGGUAUCAGGCCAGGUUAUUUGUGCAAGUGGUGGUUGGACAAUGUAUUAG